AUGAUCUCGUCCUCGUUCGCCCCAAGCCUGACCCGAAGGGAUACUGCUAAAUCGACUGGGGCCCAUGAUAAUCCUCACAGUGGAAUACCUCCGGUGACGAGCGGAGGUGGUCCAUUCGGGCCUCAGAGUGCUGGUGCCAUCUACCAGCAGAUCCAUGAAAUGGCUGCGAAAAGAAUCUCCACUUUGGACUACCUGAGAAAAGCUUUGGAAGGACGUGUUUACUGGUUCAAUACGGUCCACUUUUCUCGCGCAGACAUUGGUCGUCUGCCAUACUUCGAUUCUCGGAAGCUUUCUCGUCGAGCUGUCAAUUACCUUCUCCUGGGCCUAUCCCUUCCACCGAUUCUUGACGUGAAUUCGACCCCAUUUGAAUAUUUAAGAGCCCUCAACGCCCUCCUACUCGAGUUUGAAGCCUUCCAACAAGUCCAUCCACCUGACGGGAGCUCGUCUUCGAGCCUGGCCAGAGCGCGCAUACCCCAGAUGUUCAAACGAGCAGCACAGGCAGGCACAAAAACCCGGCGAGCUAGCUCUGCAACAGAGAUUGGGCUGCCAAUGCAAACCAGCGAUCCAUCUGACUUGAAAAAUGCCGCGGGAAACAUUACAUCGCCCUCUUCUGCAGCGGCUUCGAUCAUCUCGUUCCCACUCACUGAAUCAUCCGAUCUUCUCCCUGGAGAAGAAUACACCUACCUCCUCACACCUUCGUUGCCCUUUGAGCCCGACUUUUUCGAGACCUUUUCAACUCUUUGCGAUGUGCUGAUUGACUCUUAUGGUCGAAUAACGGCGCUGGUAUCAUCGCCGUCGGUUUGCUCAGUUGCACUUGGGGAAGUGUUUUCCAAAGCCGAUGCCAGACUACGAAAGAUCAUAGUAGCGGGUGCAGUGCGGGAAUUUGAAGAUGCCAGCCGGAAUGGCGUCAAAAAUGAACUGUCUGGAGUUAGUCGAGUGGUUCUGGGAGGUCUACUGGGAUGA